GGUGAGUAAGCUGAGAUGAGUUGGUCCAUAACCUCGUUCCUCGCACCUCGCACUUCGUUCCAUCGAUUAUGCUCCGAGCAGCUUGUGCUAUGCGGCAGCCCAACAUGCCAUAUAAGAAGGCAUCGCAUCGGAAAGUUAGAACAGGAUGCAUCCAAUGCAAAAGACGCCGUGUAAAGGUACGGGUUAGCCGCGACGUCAUUCCGCUGCUCUUACACUUCUCAGCUACUGCCGAAGCCAACUGCUUCACCUGCCCCGUCUGGCCACCCCGAGUUUUCUUUCUUGGACUUCAAGCUCCUACAUCACUGGACCAUGUCAACAGCUGAAUCGCUAGCAGACAAUGAGGGUCUGCAGGUGGCAAUGCGGGAUGUUUUACCUCGGCUUGCCAUCGAUCACAGCUGUCUAUUGCAUGCCAUAAUAGCGAUUACAGCGCUUCACCUUACGAGACUUCGGCCACAAGAAAGCG